AUGGCUGUCAACGAGAUUAUGGCACCCACAGUCAAUGCAAACUGUCAAUACUCGACCAGAUAUUGCUGGGAAGCUGAAAAAGUCAAAUCAUUGAUCAGAUUACGGGCCGAACUCUCGCCACUCUUCACGGGCAAAAGAAAUGCCUCGAAAUAUGCUUGGGCCGUUGUGGAACGUGAGCUAAAUGUGCCGCUGCCGCUGUCGAAGAUCAUCAAGAAAUGGAACAAUCUGUUGCAGGAAUACAAGGCCAUCAAGAUGUCGGAGGAGCCGAAGCGUCGGGAAUGGCCCUUCUUCACAUUGAUGGAUGUGUAUUUCAGCGAUCAGGUGAACGAUCCAUCGCUGAGACUUUUCUCAUCGACAAAGACACUGAAGGAGACACUCGACGACAGUGUGUUCGAGGAUGAUCCAAUAAUUGCCUCGGCAAUUGCAGCUGCCACAAGUGGCGCUUAUAUGGAAAUCGAUGAGCUCAUACGGCGGCAAAAGGAGCGUGCUGCUCUCGCGGCAGAGCGGAAGCUGGCAGCGGCAGCAAGUGGAGCGAGCGGGGACUACAAGUUCGAGCUGAAACCGAUGCUGGGCAACAGCAAUAUUGGCAACAAGUUCAACAGCAACAGUGACAUGGUUAAAUUGUCCAAGAGUGUCGAUGAUUUGUCUAUGCAACAGUACAAGAUUAAGCAGGAGCUGAUGCGGCAGCGGGAGCAGGAGCAGCAGGAGAACAUGGUCAAGAUCAAGCAGCAUGCACGCCAGCAACAGCAGCAGGCACAGCAGCAGCAACAACAGCAGCAGCAGCAGCAGCAGCAACAGCAGCAACAUCAUCAACAGCAGCAGCAACAACGUUUCAUGGGGCAUCAAGCUUCGUUGUCGCCACAUCCGCAUCGAUCGCCGCCGGGCUUGCAACAUGCAUUGCAACAGCAACAACAGCAUCUGUUGCAGCAGCAACAGCAGCAUCUACAGCAGCAAUUGCAGCAGCAACAGCAACAGCAGCAGCAGCAACAACAACAACAACAGCAGCAACAUCAUCAUCAGAUUCCACAUCAAUCAUCCACGCCGCGUCCCUCGUCGCCGCCAACCACAGCACAACAGAUUCACAUCACAGCCACCCAACAUCAGGCAGCACAGCAGCAACUGCAGCACAAGCAGCAACAGCAGCAACAGCAACCCUACACCGAUCCCAACACCAUUGAUCAGUAUCUGCUGUCGUGGAACAAUUUCCAUGGCAACAUGUGUCGUGGCUUCCACUCCCUGCAGAAGGACGAGAAGAUGGUGGAUGUGACAAUCGCAGCUGGCGGCAAAAUAUUCAAGGCCCACAAAUUGGUGUUAUCCGUAUGCAGUCCGUAUUUCCAGCAGAUCUUCCUUGAGAACCCAUCGAGUCAUCCCAUACUCCUGAUGGCCGACGUCGAGGCCAGUCACAUGGCUGGACUGCUCGACUUUAUGUACAGCGGGCAGGUGAAUGUCAAGUACGAGGAUCUGCCCGUAUUCCUCAAGGUCGCCGAGGCCAUGAAAAUUAAAGGACUCCACACAGAGAAAAAUCUGGACAGCGAUGCGAGCGACAUCAGUUCUCCACUGGAAAGUGAUGGCACCGAGUGUCGCUAUGAGCGUGGCACGCAUAGUGUGAAUAUCACCAGUGGCCAUGCUGGCUAUGGAGCCACAGCUCUGGAGCAAUCCUCGCUCAAUGGACCCACUCCACUGUCUCUGGCCAGUCCAGGCGGGGGAGGAGGGGGAAGUGGUGGAGGGGGUCAAGGAUAUGCUGGUUUUAGGGAGCAUAUCAAAUCGAAGGCAACGCUCGCCGAGAGCUUUAUGAAGAAUCUCAAUCGCAACAACAACAACAACAGCAACAGCACCAACAACAACAACUACAACAGCAGCAGCAACAGCAACACGAACAGCAACAACAACACAGUCUCUGAGACAGAGAGCAACUCAUAUGCGAUUCUCCAGGCGAAUAGCAAAAAAAUGCUCGAUUCUGCACGAAAGCAACAUAAAUAUUUGGCCAAAAGGAAAAUCCUAAUGCACUACAACAACACGGAGCUGGGCAACACGGAGGCAAAGAGAUUAAAGGAAAUGGAACGAUAUCCGAGUGCGGAACAACAUGAUGAUGCACUGAACAACAACAACAACAGCAACAGCCACGCCUACAGCCACGCCCACAGCCAGGAUAUUAUGGAACCGAUAACAACAAUUGUGCCUAGAAAUUCCGAUAACUUUAAGAUACGUCUGGUGGAGAAUCAUCAGCUGACCAACAACAACAACAACAACAGCAAGAGUUGCAACAACAACAACAAUAAUAAUAAUAAUAACAAUAAUAUUAUUAAUAAUAAUCAUCAUGAUGAUGAGGAAGCCUUAAAUCUCGUCAAUGGUAAUCGACCACGCCCACAAACGCCCACGCCGCCACCACCCGACAUACAAUUGGUCAAACGUGAAGUGGAACUAGAGGAAGCCAACAACAACAACAAUAACAACAACAGCAACAACAACAAUGCACUUGAUGAGCAACUCUCGAAAUACGACGACAACAACAACAACAAUCACGGCCUGGACAUGGAAACCGACUCGAACAACAACAACAGCAACAAGGCCAACACCGAAACCAACAACAACAAUAACAAUAACAACAACAAUGGUGUUGGUGUUGAGCUCGCAUUGGCGCUGGGCAAACACAAAUUGUUGAAUGCAAUUAAUCGCAGCUUGGAAAUGGAACAACAGCAACAUGUUGCUGAAACAACAGAGCACGGCAGCAACAACAGCAACAACAACAGCAAUGGGGAGCACGACAACGAUGACAACAACAACAAUCACAGCCAACAUUUGGAUUUGAGCACCAUUAAAAAUAUUGCGACAGCGGAAAUUCUCUGCGGUCUCAAAAGCAAAGUGCUUAAAUUAGAAGAAGAGCAGCGAGAGCGAGAAAGAGAGCGUGAGAGAGAGCGAGAGAGGGAGGCCUGUCGCAGUCUGAGCGAGAUAAAGAAUGCCGAUUGAGGGGCGGGUCUUAAAUAUAUAAAUAUACAUAAAUAAAUA